AUGUUUACUGCACAAGUUGUCGGAAUCACCAGUGAAGUGAAGUUGCUGCUUUGUGAAUGGAACCUGGAAGAAAGGCUUUGCCUUCCCUUAGCCUUCUAUGAGUUGCCUUUUAAUUUCAUGCUUCUCUCUUCAAAAGGUGAGAAGCAUAGUGUUCAAGAACUGAAUACAUUUGCUUUCAUCCUCUUCAUCUCCUUCUUCUUCUUCCUCCAUAUUCUGGCUUUUACGUGGCUCUUGAAUAAUCAACAAUGGGGGAAGGGUUCUUAUUUCCUAAACUUCCAGCAUACAUAUAUAUAG